AUGCAUCUUGAUCAGAUUUCAGUUCUUCUCGGAGAGUUCGGACCGUAUCAGAAACAGAAGUAUUUCCUAAUGUGUCUGUUCUCCACACUAUCAGCUUUUCACGCCGUCAACAUGGUAUUCAUUGGCGCGGAGCAGAAACAUCAUUGCAGCUUACCGGACACCAGUCACUACCCCACAGCGAACCAGAAUUUCAGUUAUCAAGACAGAAAGGAUCUGUUCAUUCCACCCGGAGUUAGCUGCCAGCAAUACGAAACCACUGAAAGAUUGUUGCAGUUAGAGAAAGCCGGAUAUAAUAUUUCAGAAACCAUGAAGUCACAGGAUAACGCUAGUCUCGUUGCGUGUACAUCUGGAUACAGUUAUGCGAGGGAUGAAUAUGUGACAACGAUAACGUCAGACUUCAAUCUUGUGUGUAGCAACAAGUAUUGGCGAAGCAUCUCAAGUUCUGUCUUUUUCUCGGGGAGACUGGUUGGUGCUGUGGUAUUUGGACAACUGUCUGAUAGAUUUGGGCGGCGGCCAAUGUUCUUCGCUGGAGUAUUAACAUUACUGAUCGCUGGCAUCGUGGCUUCCUUCGCCCCAAACAUAUACGUGUUCUUGCCCAUGUACUUCUUGCAAGGCGCGGGCCAUACUGGAGCAUUCCUCGUGGCAUUCACUCUGUCUACAGAACUUGUUGGACCAAAUUACCGAGUGUUUGCUGGCUUUGUGAUCCAGAUCUUUUAUGGAUUUGGCUAUGUAAGUCUGGCUGGUUUGGCCUUCCUUAUCAGAGAGUGGAGGUACCUGGAACUUGCCAUCACUCUUCCAGCUGUGCUGUUUGGAGUUUACUGGUGGUUGUUACCAGAAUCCAUCCCGUGGUUACUGUCUCGUGGUCGAGACGACGAAGCUGAAGUUAUCCUUCUGCAGGCGGCCAAGAUGAAUGGCGUAACUCUUCAGCCAGAUGUCAUCCGUGCUAUGAAGGAAGACGUGGCGUUAAAAGGAGAAAAGAAACAAUAUUUCUUUAUAGACUGUCUGCGGACCUGGAACAUGGCGUUGUUGUCUCUGAAUGUCUGGUUUAACUGGUUGGUCAAUUCAUUUGUGUUUUAUGGCAUCGCCUUGAAUUCUGAAAACCUGUCUGGUAACCCAUACUUGAAUUUUUGCCUGAUUGGUGUUGUCAGUAUCGUUGCCUACGUUCUCUGCCUGCUCCUGGUGAAUCGGACAGGGCGCAGACUAUCAUUGAUCUCAUCCAUGUGUCUUGCGGGUCUGUCCUGUAUCGUGGCUGGCUUUCUUAUCACUGAGGACGAUCCAGUUAUGAAGAUCCUGGUGAAGGUGUUCGUUCUUCUGGGGAAAUUCUCCAUCACAGCCUCAUAUUCCAUCAUCUAUCUAAUGGCAGCUGAAUUGUUUCCUACAGUGGUCAGAAAUAUAGGCAUGGGCGUGGCCUCAAUGUCGGCUAGGAUUGGUGGAAUAUUUGCCCCAUUUGUGCUGGAGUUGAAGGUUGUAUGGGGGUCGUAUCCACUGUUAGUGUUUGGAGCACUGAGUAUCAUUGCUGGUUUGUUGGCUUUGUUUUUGCCGGAGACGUCCAGGCAGCCAUUGCCACAAACUCUGGAGGAUGUCAAAGACAGGGGACACGGAUUAAAGUGCCUGAAAAAGUCCAAGGAAAUUGAGCUGACAGUUGUGACUUAA